ACGAGAAAAAAAAACGUGAAUUCAAUUUGAUUGAAUUUGAUAACCCAUUCGAAGUUGUUGCAUUGAUCGCGUGAUAUUGGACAAAGUGCCGGAAGAACAAAUAGCUCUCUUUUUUUCGGAAAAUUUGAUUCAACAUAUCGCUUCUUGGAAAUGUAUCAAAGUGACUAUUGAUGCCGACAAGUUAAGCUUCCACUAAACCCUGCGGAUGAUCUUGAUAAAAUUCCCACAUACAAUUUUCAAGCGGUAAUGAAUAACGUUGAUGAUUAAAACGGCUGCUAUUUUUAGUCAACAUUAUUUCGAACGCAUGUUCUCAAAGAGCUUACAAUGACAUCUGUUUCCGUGUGAUAGCGCAGUGAUUUGUGUACAAGAAUCCUCCAAGAGUUUUGUAUAAGGAUCAAAACAAAGAACAAAAAUGGCUUACACGUCAGAUGAUAUGACUAGUUCACAGGAUGCGAUUUCUAAUUGGACGGUUUUACAUUCGAUCGCUUACAUGAGCGCUUCGAAUAACACAACUUCUGGUGACUCCACGACAGCCGAUGAAAUUGACAAUUUACGCUAUGGAAUGAUAACAUCAAUUAUCUUCACUAUCGCGUACUGUAUGAUAUCAAUAAUAGGCGUGGUUGGAAAUGUGGCCGUAUUCAUAGUCGUUACUAAAUCACCCCAAAUGCGAACGUUGACGAACAAAUUAAUUGGAAACUUGGCCAUUGCUGAUUUACUCGUGAACGUGGUGUGUGUACCAUUCACACUGGUGUCAAAUCUGUAUCCAGAAUGGACGUUGGGCACUUUCAUAUGCAAAACGGUGUCGUACAUGCAAGGUGUGUCAGUUUCAGCAUCUGUGAACACUCUGAUGGCCAUUUCGAUCGAACGCUGCAUUGCAAUAUCAUGUCCCUAUGUGUCAAUUACAUCGAGGCAAUAUAAAGUGGCCGUAACAAUGAUAUGGCUAAUUGCAUUGUCUGUGAAUUUGCCUUGGUUGUACGUUUUCCAGUUGGAGCCAAUUGAAUCAGGCAGUAAUCGAAAAGUUUGCAUCGAGCUGUGGCCAUCCACUUUUUCGGAGAAUGUUUAUUUCGUGCUGGCUAAUUUGAUACUCUGCUACUUGGCACCGUUGAGUGUAAUUACAUUUUGUUAUGUCAUAAUAUGGAGGAGUGUAGCCCACCGUAGCAUACCCGGCGAGUAUCUGGGAUACAAAAGUACGCGCGAUUCAAUCAACAAGAGCCGUCUCAAAGUCACUAAAAUGGUAUUCGUAGUUAUAAUUACGUUUGCAUUGUCAUGGUUGCCACUUUAUUGCAUUUUUUGCAUCGUCAAAUUCUGGGAAGAAAUGCUGUACGACGAACAAGGUCAAGGUGAACUUUACCCUUUUCGGUUAAAUAUCCAAACAGAAAGAAGUCUAAUCAUCUUUUUUUUCUGUUGUUUAGUUAAGGAGGUCAUUUACUUCUUAGUUCCAAUUGCCCAAUGGUUGGGAGCAUCGAAUUCGAGCAUCAAUCCAAUUCUCUAUUGUUAUAUGAAUAAAAAAUUCCGAAUAAGUUUCAUGAAUCUGAUGAUGCGGUGCUCGUUUCGAUUUCAAGACGAUAUAGCAAUGCAUCAAGCACGCAGCGAUGGCAACUACAAAGUCUACAAAUUCAAUAAUAGUGGUCGGACACUAUCGGUCCGAUUCUCGGGCACCAGUCGCAACGAAUACGGAUCGAAAGUUUGAAAUUUUUAAACAGUUCUAAUAGCUUUUACAUUUCCAUGUGAUUGCAAUCAGGGUGAUAAAUUGUUUCAGGAAGAAAUAUAAGAUUUAUUACAAAUAGACAUACAUUGUAAUAUUCGGUGAGUGCCACUGAACGAAUAUUCAUACUUAUUUCGUGCGUGAGACGCACGCGGAUGAGAUGAAUCAAAACGAAAGAGAAGCGGACAACUCCAUACGAACGAACGAUAUAGCACGCAUACAUUUCGUCACUCUGUCGUUAGAAUACCAACACAAACACAAACACGUAGUACCCAUUGACUCUAUGUUCUAGUUGCGCGCUUCCCUUUCGCGAUACGAAUUCCAUAACAACUUCGCGUUCAAGUUAAUUAAUUGUAUCGAGAUAAUGCUCAGUGAAGUUUGUUUGCGGCACAGAAUCGAGGGGUAGAUUUUUUUUUCUUCAAGGAAUUUUCCAUGUAUUUUAAUCUAUUUGUAUAAGGACUCGUGUAUGGUCACACAAACGCCGCUUGCAUUAAGAAAAUGAGAUAUAUAUAUUCUUUAUAAAUGUUGAACCAGUGAAUUCUAUUUUGUUUCAAAUGGAAUCAGAAACCGGAAAGCGAUACUGUCAACAUCAAUGUAUUUCACUCUCUGCGUCUAUUGAUAUCAACAUUUCGAUUGUGGAUCAAUAUGUUCCGCGUUGCGAGAAUCUCGCAAUGUGAGAAUCAUAUUGAUCUCUACGCAUGGCGAUAAAAAUCAUAUUUCUAAGGUAACAAAUAGAUAACAAAUUCUUGAUAAAGUGCGUCAACCGUUAACGAUUCAUUCAAUCAAAAAAAAAAAAUGACGAAGAAAAUGGAUACUGAAUGUACCGAGGCAACAAAUGUACGCACCUUAUCGGUAUUGAUAGCAAACAUAGAAAUUAUGCCAGAGAAUUUUUUCUAUUCGCUAAAGUAAGCAAAGUUGAUUUAUUUUCUUACAUUGUGUUUAAAUAUUUUUGUAUAGUGGUAAAAUCAAAUGUACGUGAUUCUCAACAGAUUCUCUCUGGUUCCAGUGUCAGGAUGAACCUAAGCAUAUUAUUAUUCAUAUUAUUUAAGUGUUUCAAACACAUAUUUUUGUAUAGGUUAAAUACAAAAAAGAAACAUUCUCGCUCUACGCUACGCGUAGAGUCUUCUAGAA